CCGAGGCGACGGGCGGCAGAGGGAGGGCAGCCCGGCCGCGCACCGGCUCUCGGGGGGGUGACCGGCCCCGCCGCCCCCGCACCAUGGCCGGGCUCCUGCCGCUGCUGCUGCUCCUGCUCCCGGCGGGACCCGCCUGGGGCUCCAGGGAGAAGUGCCCCACCAAGAUGUACACCGCGAGCGGGGAGUGCUGCAAAGCCUGCAACCUGGGAGAGGGGGUGGUGCAGCCCUGCGGGGUCAACCAGACCGUCUGCGAGCCCUGCCUGGACAGCGUCACCUACUCGGACACGGUGAGCGCCACGGAGCCGUGCAAGCCCUGCACGCAGUGCGUGGGGCUGCAGAGCAUGUCCGCACCCUGCGUGGAGUCGGACGACGCCGUGUGCCGCUGUGCCUAUGGCUACUACCAGGACGAGCCGAACGGGACCUGCAAGGAGUGCCGGGUGUGCGAGGUGGGCUUCGGCCUCAUGUUCCCCUGCCAGGACUCGCAGGACACGGUCUGCGAGGAAUGUCCCGAGGGCACCUUCUCCAGUGAAGCCAACUUCGUGGACCCCUGCCUGCCCUGCACCACCUGCGAGGAGAACGAGGUGAUGGUGAAGGAGUGCACGGCCAUCUCGGAUGCCGAGUGCAGAGACCUCCACCCUCGCUGGACGACACACACGCCGUCUCUGGUGGGCUCCGACAGCCCCGAGCCCAUCACCAGGGACCCCUUCGACACUGAAGUGAUGCCCAGCACCCUGGCAGACACCGUCACCACCGUCAUGGGCAGCUCGCAGCCCGUCGUGAGCCGUGGCACCGCCGACAACCUCAUCCCUGUCUACUGCUCCAUCCUGGCGGCCGUGGUGGUGGGGCUGGUGGCCUACAUCGCUUUCAAAAGGUGGAACAACUGCAAACAGAACAAGCAAGGGGCCAACAACCGCCCGGUGAACCAGACGCCUUCGCCGGAGGGGGAGAAGCUGCACAGCGACAGCGGCAUCUCGGUGGACAGCCAGAGCCUGCACGACCAGCAGCCGCCCGGCCAGAGCACCCAGGGGCCAGCGCCCAAGGGAGACGGGAACCUCUAUGCCAACCUGCCGCCCAGCAAGCAGGAGGAGGUGGAGAAGCUGCUGAGCAGCUCCGCGGAGGAGACGUGGAGGCAGCUGGCCGGGGAGCUUGGCUACAAAGAGGACCUCAUAGACUCCUUCACCCGGGAGGAAUCGCCCGCCCGGGCUCUCCUGGCCGACUGGUCCUCCAAGGAGACGGCCACCCUCGACGCCCUGCUCGCAGCCCUGCGCAAGAUCCAGCGCGGGGACAUCGCCGAGAGCUUGUACAGCGAGUCCACUGCCACCUCUCCUGUCUGAAGGGUGGCCCGGGGUGGCCCCGCGGGGUCCCCUUCCCCCUUCGCCCCCUCGCCUCUCCCCUCCCCGGCACUGACAGCCCCGGAGGGGAGGGUGGGAAGGAAGCGGGGGCUCCCCGGGCCUCCCCAAUUUACAGUCCUGUAUGCACUGAGCUCCUGUUUUCGGUAUCGCCCCCUCCCAACGCCCCCUCCCCCCGGCAGCCCGUGAGCGGGUUGGGUGCGGGGCUCAGUCCGGCUCAAAGCCCAUCUGCCGCCGGAGCAUCCUCUGCAGCCCCGGGGAGGCUGGACGGACGGACGGACGCACGCAGGAAUGAGCCCUGCGCUCUCAGCCCUCUUCUCUCUCCCCUUCCAUCUCCUUCUCCUUCCUCCCUGGGGCUCUGGUUCUCCUCUUCCUCCUGCCCUUCCUCCUUGGCCCACCCUGCCGCUGUCUCCUGCUCCCCCUCCUGUGCCCUGAAAUCCAGCUGCUUUCCCCAAACCGCCGGCGAAGGGCAGGGCUGCGAUGGGCAUGGGGGGAGCUGGAGCUGCCGUACUGGGAUUUUGGGAGGGGAGCGGUCCUACGGCCGGGCUGCGCCAUGGGGGGUGGGCUGGGGAGAAGGACUUGGCUUCCAGCAGCCCAAGCUACACUGUGAAAUUUGGGGGGCGCAGCCCCCACGGAAGCUCCACAGGGCUGCCAGCAUUUGGUCUCGGUGAGGAGCGGCCGGGACCACCCAAACAUUGAGGACCAGACAUCUGGGUGCCACCUCCUCCCCGGCACUGGAGCUCCACGGGGGGGACACGAGGUCUAAAGGGCUGAAAAAGUGCCUGCCCGCCGCGGGGACACGACCAAAGGGCUCAGCGCAUCCUUCCCCUGCCGCCAGCCCCGGCGUCCCCACGCCGCACCGACCCGGGAGCGAAGCCACCCUGCCGCGAUUGCACUGUCCCUCCUCGCCCGCAGACCCAGCCGGGGCUGGUGGUCCUGACCCUGCUUGUAAGGGCUCCUCCUCCUCCUCCUCCAGCACUGUGACGGUGGCUCGGAAAUGCCCCUGCCCGCUCCCCUGCGGGCCCUUCACCUCUGCCCACCCUGGGUGCACCGACUGCCUCCCCGGGGCACCCUUGGGUGCCCCCAGCUCCUCCCUCUGCCGGGAUCCCCCGGGGAGGGGACAUCACCCACCUCUUCCAUGCCUCCAGAGCUAUAAGUGCAUUUUCUUGGCAUAUCAGCUCCCCACCCAGCACCCAGCUCACCCAUGGGUGAUGCUGGAGAGCAGCCGCCGGGUGGGUGAGCACCCCAUUCUCCCCGCCAUCUGCCACCCAGCGCGGCCCCGGGGAUGUCCCCAACACAGCUACGGCUUUUACAUCUCGCUUGCCCGGAGCAUCAUGAGCUUUUUGCAGAGGAAGCACUGCAAGGCGAGCUGGUGCAUGGCACCAGAGCACGUCUGUGCCUAUGGACCCCCCCUUCGCCUCUGGAUUCGGCCAGAAACUCUUUCCUGAAGGCAGAAGGUGAUUUUCCUCCCCUCCUUAAGGAGAUAAGCAAGACUUGUAAAUAAUAUCAUGUCAUUUUACUAACUGCUCGGUGUUUCUACGUGUGACGCGGGGUGAUGGCGCUCGCCCCGGCCCCUCUGCUCUUCCUCACUUGCUUUCCUCCUGCAAGGUGAGCUUUCCUUUUGAAGUCCAAGCCUUCGGUCCCACCUUGUUUCUGGCCUUAAAGACUCAAUGGGGAGGCAGGGAAACACACCCCCCCCCAAAAAAUUGCCGCAGCAGGUCCAUGAGAAACUUGGGAACAUGGAUGGAUUUGGCUGUUCCCAGCUGAGCUGCCGGACAUCGGGAUGGAGAGCUCGGUGCUUUCCGAGGGAUUGGAGCCUGCAUCGCUAAGCUCCAAGCAUCCGGGUCCUUCAAAAGCUUUUGGGAAUUUUGUCCCCUGUGCUUUGGAUGAUAAAGCGGCACAGGCUGAAUCUGGAUCUCCAGGAUGGGCUAUGUGAUGCCUCCUGCCUUCACGCAAUGAAAGAGCAAAGAUCCCUUUGGAGGAACAACUUUGGCCACUGGCUGCCCGUGCCAAGCCCGUUGGUUAGAAACGCUUGGCCUUGACGGGGCUGCGAGUCCCAUGUCUGAGUCCCGACCCUCUCCCAUCACUAAAAUCCAAGGAAACCACCCCAAAUCUGCAACCCCACUUGCAGUGGGCAACUCCGGCGUACAAGCCUCCAGCUGGGUCGCCGGCUCCUUGCAGACCGAGCCAUCCGCAGGGAUGCUUUUGGAUGAGUUUAAAUGUUGGUUAUCAUCAGGUUGUUUCCAUUGAUCCCUUUUUUUUUGGUGAAGCAACUCGACUACGAACUAAGGGCGGCUUGGAAUAAAGUGCCCAGAUCAAAAGCAAAAAACUGCCCGAUUCAGUCUGACAAGCCGACGUGACCGUACCUUGCCAGCUGGAAAUUGCUUUUCUUCAGGACAAUAUUGCCAUGGUCUCAGGUUUCAAUUGCCAUAGUAAAGGGAUUUCCUCAGGGCUGAGGAAAGGGAGACAAACUCAGCAUCCAAAGAGAAGCCAGGGGAUGCCUCAAAUCCCUGGCUGCAGGAAAUAAAUAAAAAUAAUUUAAAAAAAAAAACAAACUAAGGAGGGAAAACCAAGCCAAAGUUAGUGCUCGUCGGUAUGUUUUGUGUCCUUUUCUAAUGUUUCUGUUGUACAAAGAAGGCGUGUUUCUCCACUCACCCCCCUCUAAUACCAAUGCCGAUCUACUAGGAAGUUUUACGGUGAAGAAAUAGCCGUCGUAGAAGGAGUCUGGGGGGUGUGCGGGUGGGGUGUGAGCAGCAUGAGGUGGGGGGGGCGAUGCACGGGGUGGGGGGGUGGCUGGCCGCCGCGCCGGCCGGGUGGGUAGCUGUCCUUGUGUAUCCGUCAGAUGCCAAUAAAGAGCAUCACUGCGU